UUUCAUAUUUGUGCGGUCUCGUUUUGUAGAUCCACAACCACGAUUCACUGAAGGAUCGACCGGUGCCACUCAGUAAACAUCAACUGGAGAUACUAGCCUGCUCAAGAAUGCAAGCCCAAGAACGCGGUCUGGUCUAUUUAGUCACUGGGGGAUGUGGUUUUCUUGGACAACACCUUUUACAGGUUUUGUUGGAGAAAGAGGAUUCUGUUACUGAAAUUCGCCUUUUUGACAAACACAUCAACUCAAGCUUACAUGACACAGACCGUGUGAAGGUUGUGUUGAUACAGGGGGACAUCACAGAUUACUCAAGUGUCCUGGAGGCGUCCAGAGGGGCAGACCUGGUCAUCCACACAGCCAGCCUGGUGGACGUUUGGCACAAAGUUCCCGAAACAGUCAUCCAGGCUGUCAAUGUUCAAGGUACUUUGAAUGUGAUCAAUGCCUGUGUAGAGAAUGGCAUCCAGUACCUGGUCUACACCAGCAGCAUGGAGGUGGUUGGCCCCAAUGUAAAAGGAGACAGCUUCAUCCGAGGGAAUGAAGACACGGUCUACAAUGUUUGUCACGCGAUGCCGUACCCCAGGAGCAAGGCCAAGGCCGAGAGGUUGGUGCUGGAGGCCAAUGGCAGUAAGGUUAAUGGAGGAGCCUGCCUGUACACCUGCUCCCUUCGUCCCACAGGGAUCUAUGGCGAGCAGCACCAGCUGAUGAGGGAGUUCUAUCAGAUGGGAGUGAAGACGGGAGGCUGGAUCAUCCGUGGGGUCCCGCGGGAAACAGAACAUGGGCGUGUCUAUGCGGGCAACGUGGCCUGGAUGCACUUGUUGGCAGCACGCUCCUUGAGAGAGCGCCCCGAAAGGCUUGGAGGGGAAGUUUACUUCUGCUACGAUGACUCGCCUUACAAGAGCUACGAGGACUUCAACAUGCAGUUCUUGUCAGGGUUCAACUUCCGCCAGAUUCGCGUUCCGCUUGCGGUGCUAUGGUUUGUGGCAUGCAUGAAUGACCUCGUCCGCAGGGCGCUGAAGCCUGUGUACAACUACACACCCUUACUCAACCGUUACACUCUUGCCGUGGCCAGCACCUCCUUCACUGUGGCUUCAGACAAGGCCCAUCGACACUUCGAGUACAGCCCCCUCUACGACUGGGACCAGUGCAAGGCUCGGACACAGAGAUGGGUUGACACCUUUCCCCUUGAGGACCGCAAGGACUGCUGAUAUAGGCUGAACCCUGCCCCUCAAAUCAUGACCUGAUUGGUCUAGGCUAAACCACACAUAAUGACCUGGUUCAUGUUCUUCCUGUGUUUCAUUCAUUAUAACCAGUCUAUACAUUUCUUGUAUCCUUAUUAACUCA